AUGCUUCGCAGAGUAGCUUCAACGUUCCCUCGGCGAAUGGUGGCCACCAGGUCAACGACUACUUGUUCCCGAUAUUUCUCGAUAUCAGCUCAAAGAAUGUCCGCAUUGAAACCUUUAAAUUAUCCCGUCUCUACAGCUCUUCCUUCCGACUCGUUUCAGCUACUUCCCGAAUCAGAAAAGGCUGGGGCGGCGGAGGACGCAUUGUAUGAGCAAGAAAUACAGGAUGUCGAAAACUGGUGGGCAAGUCCAAGAUAUGAGGGCAUCAAGAGACCCUACUCUCCAGCAGAUGUGGUGUCGAAAAGAGGGAGUCAGAUGCAAACAUAUCCAAGCUCAGUGAUGGCAAGAAAAUUGUUUGACCUGAUUAAGCAGAGAGAGGCGAAGGGCGAGCCAAUACACACAAUGGGUGCAAUUGAUCCUGUUCAAAUGACUCAACAAGCUCCGAAUCAAGAAGUUCUGUACAUAUCUGGUUGGGCAUGUUCAUCAGUCCUCACUACCACAAAUGAAGUUUCCCCCGAUUUUGGAGAUUAUCCAUACAACACCGUUCCAAACCAGGUCCAGAGGUUGGCGAAAGCACAAUCGAUGCAUGAUAGAAAGCAAUGGGAUGCGCGAAGGAAAUUGAGUGCCGAAGAACGAGCCAAGACCCCAUAUACAGAUUAUCUACGGCCAAUCAUUGCAGAUGGAGAUACUGGUCAUGGUGGACUUUCAGCAGUCUUGAAGCUUGCCAAGCUCUUUGCUGAGAAUGGCGCUGCAGCUGCACACUUUGAGGAUCAACUACACGGAGGGAAGAAAUGCGGCCAUCUCGCAGGGAAAGUCCUGGUGCCGGUGGGCGAACACAUCAAUCGACUUGUGGCAGCACGCUUCCAGUGGGAUGUUAUGGGGUCAGAAAAUCUUGUCAUUGCAAGAACAGACUCUGAAAGUGGCAAACUUUUGAGCAGCGCCAUUGAUGUCCGAGAUCACGAAUUCCUCUUGGGUGUUGCGGACGAGAGUAUUGAGCCCCUGGCGGAGACUUUACAAGCCAUGGAGAUGUCAGGUGUGUCUGGGGCUGAGAUUGACUCUUUCGAAGCAGAUUGGGUUAAGAAAACUAAGCUAGUCACUUGUGACGAAGCUAUUGUCCAGCAACUAGAACAUCACGGGGUUUCAAAAGACAAGAUCAACGAAUACCAGCAGGCGACACUUGAGAACCGCGACAUGUCUAUCACCAAACGGAAGCAACUGGCUUCGACAUAUACCAACAAACCUAUCCAGUUUAGCAUUGACAUUCCACGAACACGAGAAGGGUUCUAUCACUACCGUGCUGGCAUGAAAGCUGCAACGAAACGCGCCAUUGAGUAUGCACCAUACGCUGACCUGCUGUGGGUUGAGACUGGCGACCCUAACGUUGCCAACGCCGCAGAGUUUUCAGGAGAGAUCCGAGAGAAGUAUCCUGGAAAGGGGCUCGUGUAUAAUUUAUCACCAUCAUUUAACUGGAUGAGCCACGGCUUCACUCCCGAGACAUUGAAAUCGUUUAUAUGGGAUAUCGCAAAGCAUGGAUUCGUGCUUCAGUUGAUUUCUUUAGCCGGCCUGCACAGCACAGCUACCAUUACAAACGAGUUGAGCAAGGCAUUUAAGGAUGAAGGAAUGUUGGCAUAUGUCAACCUAGUACAGAGGAGAGAGAAGGACCUAGGCGUUGAUGUGUUGACGCAUCAAAAAUGGAGUGGAGCAUCUUACAUAGAUGGCAUAUUGGGAGCUAUCCAAAGUGGAAGCAGUAGCAGUAAGAGUAUGGGUGAAGGGAACACGGAAGGCCAAUUCUAA